AUGGAUAAAACAACAUCAAAUCGAGCAUGGAAAUCUAAUUCGAAUAAUAGGCAAUAUAAACGAAUAUCGAGGAAAAAUUCAAGGAAAGUUGAUGAUCCAAAUAUGGAACUCCUUAGAUGGGCCGAGAUUAUGACGUUAGUACAAGACGUAUAUUCAAAACCAUUCGUAGUGCCUGAAGAUGAAUGGAAUAAAUAUGUUGAUAAAGCAUCUCAAAUUACGAAAGAUGUGCUCAUCGAUUCAAUUGUAAAUUAUAUUUAUGAUAAUAAUUUGACCAGUUUUCGACUUUCGUGGAUAAGUCAGGAACCGAUAUUUGUUACUUAUUGCGAAUAUAUAUUAAGACAUCAGUAUUACGAAGAUCCGACUGAUGAUCUAAUCUCAGUUCUAUUGAAACGUUCUUUAUCAGAAUUGGUAAACGAAAAUUUCUUAACGUUUGCCGAUAAAAAAACUUUAUUAUAUGAAGUUAAAGGAGAAUAUGUUGAUUAUAAUAAUUAA